GUGCUUCUCUGGUGAUCAGCACCGGUGUGGACUAAUUCUAAACCGGGAGUGGUCUCCGUCUUAUUUAGAAGAGUGAACGUUAUAACGCACGUGCACACCAGACGCUUUUUAGACGCAUGGCUUUGAAUAAAAAGAGACACUAGAAGCGACACCACGUGAUGGCCCCGGCCGCUUGACAUCACCCCACCGGAACCCAGCGGAGCCUCGUUGGAAGCGAGCAGUGUCUAUGAGGUGAAUGUUGACGACGCCAUUGAAAUGUUACCAAAAUCGAGACGAGCUCUGACCAUUCAAGAGAUUGCGACAUUAGCGCGAUCCUCCUUACACGGUAUUUCCCAGGUAGUGAAGGAUCAUGUGACAAAGCCGACAGCCAUGGCGCAGGGCCGAGUGGCCCACCUCAUCGAGUGGAAGGGGUGGUGCAAGCCGAUGGAUACUUCUGCAGCCCUGGAGUCUGACUUUAAUUCUUACUCUGAUCUCACGGAAGGAGAACAAGAGGCGCGUUUUGCUGCAGGUGUGGCAGAGCAGUUCGCCAUCGCUGAGGCUAAGCUGAGGGCCUGGUCGUCAGUCGAUGGGGACGAGUCCAAUGAUGACUCAUACGAUGAAGACUUUCUACCUGCCAAUGAGCCGACCACACAGAGCACAGAUGUGCCGUCGUAUCCGCCCUACCUAAAAGACCUGAUCCACAGCCAGCUUUGUCAACACCUGGGCCUGCGUGGGCUGUGCUGCGAGGGAGGGGACGACGGAGGCCGAUACGGAGGGGGCAGCGGUGAGCCGUCUCCCACGGCGGGCUCCCCGGACACUCUGUGCUCCAGCCUGUGCAGCCUGGACGAGCACCACCCGCUGCUGCGUGACCUGGGCGGCCCCCGCGGAAGCCACAGCAACGCCGCCGAGCUCGCCGCUAAGAUCCUGUCAGCACUGCAGGGAGGGGAGGAGCUUCUUCUGGCUCGACUUCAGAGGGUGGGGCAGACGGGGCCCGGCAGGGGGGACUGUGGCUUCCACACCCUUGGAGGGAGCGGGCGGGGUGUCGGGCCUCGUGGGGGUCAAGCGUCCCCGUCCUACUCCAUGUCCUACUCUGAGACAUACCUGUCCCCUGGGGAGGACGAUGACACUCCCUGUAAGGACUUGUGCCAGGUGGAGGCCGGCGGCGAGGAGUUCCCGCCCGAUUAUGACCCCCGCAGGAGGCUGUCCGACGUGGCUUCCUCAGGAGUUGUUUCGCUCGACGAGGAAGAGGAGGAGGAAGAAGACGAAACAGUGGGCGAGUCAAACAACCAAUGACUGGUCUCGCUUCAGCGUUACUUAGGUGCCUCCUUCCACCAUGACACCUACAAUGUUUGCUUGAUUUAUUCAUCUGUCUUUGCCUUACUUCAAACAAACUCCUUGCAAUCUCAUCUCUUUGUUUUUUGCAAGCGUCCAAACAAUCAUUUUACCCGCGUGCAAAGAGGACUCGUGCUCAGUUACACCUGACCUGUGCGCUGCAAACUCCACGAAAGAAAAAUGCAGACGGAAUGACUGAGUCCAGAACUCUUGAUUUUUCUCUUUGCAUGCGUUCUGCAAGUUGCUGACAUUGGUGGUCAGACCUGAGCACGGUUUGUAAUCUCCCCCCCACCCUAACCCACCCAGUCCUCCCCACCGCCCCUUUGCAAGACACAAACUAGAGCAUCCUUUUAGGCAUGGCUUGCUGAGUAUGCCAAACUAUUUAUUCCUGUCACGAUUGACCGCUGUGGAACCUCCAAAGUGGAACAUCCAACUCCAUGGGUGUUUGUCUUUUUUCUUUGGAUUUUUGUGUUUUGUACCAAAGAGGAACAACGAUAUGUGGUAACCUACUGAGAACCUGCCGCCUCUGCAGUGGACAUUUGCGUUUUGCGUAACAAGGCUAUUUUUCUCAAUGAAAUUUGGAACCAAAAAACAAACGGCCACUGCAGUGGAUGCUAGUUUUUAGGAGGAUAUACAGUUGAACCCGCUUAAAAGACUAUUAGCAACAUUUCACUAACAAGUUCUCCUUGUGUAUUUUUUGCUCCUGAAAAUGAAUUUCCCAUUAUAUCAAUUGGUUUUAGAGUAAUGGGUAGAUAACUACUUGUACUUGGAAUGCCCACUUUCCAUCGGCAGACUCGAUAUGUUGCCCCCUCUUGGCAUGACGUCAUCUACAGAACUGGAUAGACAAUGUGGAUAAAGACAAGUAAAACUUAUUAUUUUAAUUACUUAAUUGCAUGUUUUUGUCGCUCUGGUCAAUGAUAACUUCCAAAUUGAUAUCGUUAACUUUAUUAGCAAAAAAGGAAUAAAUGAGAAUCACCAUU